AUGGCGACUACAACACCGAGCAGGGACCGACGGAAAUUUGUGAAGAGGUUAUCGAGUGACGGUCGCAAAAGUGUCGACGACAAGACAGCGGAGAUGAGCGAUCGAAGACGACAAGAAACGUUUGAGGAUGCUUUGUUGGAACUUUGUGCUGUGUUGGAUUGGGAAUCUCUUAAUGAAGUCAUACAAAAUGUCUUGAAAGACUGCCUUCCCAAUGUGACAGACAGUGUUGUGUAUAUACUAGAUAAUCUAUCUAGUAAUCUUCAAUGUAAAGACCAGGUUACUAAUACUGUACAUGAUUUACCCAAGGCAGGCUUAGCCAGAUCUGUAGCUGAUGGUAAGAAGAGAAUAUCUUGCAAUGGGCUAACACAGCAAGAUUCAUUAAGUGGUCUUUUACCAAGUGGAGUUCAACCUCUGUCUUCAAACAAAACAGUUUUAUGUACACCAAUUGUGGAUUCACAGACAGAUAAUGUUGUUUGUGUUCUUGGGGUUGUAUGUGAUGUUAUAACAUUGGUGGAUGAGAAAAAAUUAAAUUUACUUGAGAAACAUAUACUGGUGUGUAUUCAAAGGUUGCUUCGAACAACUUAUCAAUAUUCAAGAUCCUCAUCAGUGUUAUCAUGGUCACAAUCACAGAGUAUCCUCAAAUUAUGUGAAGAUUUAUACGACAGAGAUGCAGCCUCGUUACAAUUAAAAGUUAUUAACUAUCUUGAAGAACAGACAGAUUCUGAAUUUUGUGUUAUACUUUUAAGAGCUGAAGAGGAAUAUGAAAUGUGCUGUCAGGUUCUUAGAAAUGAAGUUCUUGAACAUGAAAUUGUUAUUUUAACUCAUGGAAAUCUAAGUGAUGUUAUUGCAUCAAAGAAAGCUGCCACAUUAAAUGAACUUGGGGACAGUGCUGUUGAACUGAGUCAGAAGCUAGGCAUGACUAUCAACUCGAUGCUGUGUGUCCCCCUUACCAAAAGGAAAUCUACUGAAAUUGCUGCAAUUGUUUGUGCUUUCAACAAGAAAGGAGGCCAAAGUUACACAGAAGAAGAUGAAGCCAGAAUUCGUUUUUGUUUUAAGUAUACCUCAAGCAUCAUUGCCAGUGCUUUAGCAUUUCAAAAAGAAAACAAGUUAAAAAAAGAGACUGAGGCUUUGCUUCAGAUGGCCAAAAAUCUUUUCACACACCUUGGUAAGUAUUGUCUGACAUGUAUAAGUGUCAUUAGACCAUCACCAUUUGAAAUACCAGAGACAGCAGUGAAAGCUGUUAAGUCACUUAGCAAUGAAGAUAGGUAUAAUGAUGAUAUAGCUAGUGAGACAGACAAGCAAAACAACUCAGCACUACAAUGGCUCAUAAGUAAAUUCAAACGAUCUACCAGAAAGAUUGUUCCUAGAGUUCUGAUCCCUAGUACUACUAGUGUGGAAAACAGUGACAGUGACUCCUCCAUAGCUGAAGAGUUUUCAGAUGCCUCCGAUAGACUUCUAGAUAUUAAAAUAAGCACAGAAAGCAUUGAGUCAGGCAGUAUUCAACGAACAGAGGAAAAAGUGUUAGGCUCUACUGUGAGUAGUAUCACAGUAGAGAAUGUAGAAAACAAACAGUGGCAUAAGUAUGAUUCUAAGUUCCCAUUGGAGCGUAAACAGUCUGAAGAAGUGUUUGUAGUGAAGUGUGAUAGUGAAGCGGGACAGACAGUAUUGCAUAGUAAGAACAGCUCACUGCAGUUAGAUUGGACACCAAGUACUUUAAGUGUACGAUAUGUUCCUGAACCACCACCAGCAGAUAACUUCCCUGAUAUAUCCAAUGAUGUAUGUGUAUUAUUAAAAGAAGUGAUGCAGGAAGCAAGGAACAUGACACAUGCUGAAAGAUGUUCUUUGUUUCUUGUUGAAAACAAUGAAUUGGUUGCCAAGGUUUUUGAUGGUAAUGUCACAGAAAAUGGUGAGGUUCUGGGUGAAGUUCGUAUCCCAAUUAAUCAGGGUAUUGCAGGUCAUGUAGCAACAUCAGGUAGAAUCUUAAACAUCAAAGACGCUUAUUCACAUCCACUGUUCUACAGAGGUGUAGAUGAAACGACUGGCUUUAGAACUAGGAAUAUACUAUGCUUUCCAAUCAAUGAUGAAUCAGGGAAAGUUAUUGGAAUAGCUGAACUAUGCAAUAAAAUAAAUGCUCCGUAUUUUGGAAAACAUGAUGAAGAAGUUGCACUUGCCUUCUCUGUCUACUGUGGGAUUAGCAUUGUACAUAGUUUGAUGUACAAGAAGGUUAAAGAUGCACAGUAUCGCAGUAAACUGUCAAAUGAACUGAUGAUGUAUCAUAUGCAGAUCAGCUGCGAUGAACUGCAACAAUUGAUAGCAGCAGAUAUCCCGAAACCCGAAACAUUCCUUGCUGAUAUAGCCCAGUAUAGCAGUAUACCACGUGCAGUUCCUGAAUCGGAAACACCCUUGAUUGAAAUUCUUGGAUUGUUUGUUGCUAGUUUAUGUCAUGAUUUAGAUCACAGGGGAACAAAUAAUAGUUUUCAAGUACAAUCAGAGUCAGUGUUAGCUUCUUUAUACAGUUCAGAAGGUUCUGUUUUAGAGAGACAUCACUUCUCACAAGCUCUGUGUAUUCUCAAUACUGAAGGCUGUAAUAUCUUUGAGAACAUCACUUCAAAGGACUAUCAAGAGGUAUUGGACUUGAUGCAAGAAAUUAUUUUAGCUACUGAUUUAGCCCAUCAUCUACGCAUUAUCAAAGAUUUGAAGAAAAUGGCAGUGGAGGGUUAUAAGAAGGAAGAUCCACAUUGCCAUAAGCUGUUGAGAUGUUUAUUUAUGACUGCCUGUGAUCUAUCAGACCAGACAAAGAACUGGCAAACAAUAAAGAAAGUUGCUGAAAACAUUUAUCAAGAAUUUUUCAGACAAGGUGAUCUGGAGAAAGCUAUGGGCAACAAUCCAAUUGAAAUGAUGGAUAGAGAGAAAGCUUGUAUACCAGAGUUACAAAUCAAUUUCUUGGAUACUAUUGCACAUCCUGUGUUUCAAAUUCUGGGACAACUAUUCCCUGAAGCCAUGCCAUUAAAUGAUGCUGUUGAAAACAACAAGACCAUGUGGAAAGAAGUCAAAGCUGAGACCCAGCGAAGAAAACUGAGUAGCACCAAUUCAUUGGAUUUUUUUCGUCUGAAACUGGAAAGCGUGGAGAGAGGCAUCAUGAAAAUGAAAAAUGGAGAACAAUUUGAUGAUCAGGAGGAGAAUGAUGAUGUCAAUAAUGGAAAGUAA